UUGCUCGUUUUCUUUCUCAACCAGCCAGCCGAAGAAGGCGGAAAAUCGUCACGCAUCAGAAGAAGAGUCAGGAUGAAGACAGURUUCCGGUSAAGCUCAGCCKUGGCGGAGAUCGCGGCGCUGCUGCUCCUCGCAGUCCUCCAGCUCGCCGUCAACGUGCAUGCCGGUGCUCCUCCGCCGGGAGCCGUCACGAUCRAGGGCUUCGACUAUAACGGCGAUGGCUGUCCCGUAGGAUCUGUUCAAGGUUCCAUCUCCGGCGACAGCAAGGCGCUGACGGUGAUGUUCAGCGCCUUCACUGCCACCACGGACGAAGGGCAACAGAACAUGCGCAAGUCCUGCGUCGUGACCGUCAUGCUCAAUUACCCGCCUGGCUUCUUCUUCACUCUCGGGACGGUGACGAUGCGCGGGUACGCCAAGCUGGACGCGGGCGUCAAGGGAACCGUGAGGACGGGCUAUCACAUUUCCGGACGGAUAGGGUCGGGUCAAGCUACUCACGUCUUCARCGGCCAGUUCGAUGGCAACUACGAGGUGACAUACUAUUUCCAGAACRCAGUCGGAAGCGAGUGCGGCAAGAUCAGGAACCUCAACAUUAACUCAGAAGUGCGAGUUAAUCCCGGAAAACCUCCAAGGAGCGGAAUUAUCACCAUGGACUCGCAGGAUCUGAAGCUCACACAAAUCUUUGCCAUCAACUGGUCGAGUUGCUAAGGYGAGCGGAGAUAUCCAUYGACAACGGCUUAAUUAUCUG